CGCCAGCGUCUGAGGGAAGCUUAGGGCCGGUCCUAUCGUCCGCUCAGUGUGUGCGCCGGGCUCCUCCCCCGCGCGGGCCCGCGCCCAUGCUGUCCGCCCCCGCCGCCCGGGCCUAGGCGCGGCCGCCGCCCCCGUGGUGGUGGCGCUGGUGGUGGUCGGGGCAGCCAUGGUGCCCGCCGACGACAAGAGGCUCGUCCCCAACGAGGUAGAAAAUGCUGCUGAAGAGCCCAGAAUCUUGUGUAUCAUUCAAGAUACUACAAAUUCCAAGACAGCGAAUGAACGACUCACUUUAAACUUACCAGCUUCCACACCACUGAAAAAGCUGUUUGAAGAUGUGGCCAGCAAACUGGGAUAUAUUUAUGGAACCUUUGAUUUGGCCUGGGGAAAUGGAAUUGUUGUUGCUGCUUUGCCACCUUUGGAUCACACCAGCGAGAGGUCGCUUCUGGAUAAUAAUUUUGAGCCAGGGAAGAAGAAUUUUCUGCACUUGACAGAUAAAGAGGGUGAACAGCCUCAGAUAAUGUCGGUGAUCUCUGCUGCAAUGGAUGACAGUGCCCAAGAUAGGUUUAUAGGUCCUCUCCCAAGAGAAGGGUCCCUGGGUUCUGCCAACGAUUAUGUCAGUCAAAACUACUCUUAUUCUUCUAUCCUGAGCAAAUCCGAAACAGGAUAUGUGGGAUUAGUAAAUCAAGCUAUGACGUGCUAUUUGAACAGCCUUUUGCAAACACUUUUCAUGACUCCUGAAUUUAGAAAUGCAUUAUAUAAGUGGGAAUUUGAGGAAGCUGAAGAGGAUCCAGUCACCAGCAUCCCUUAUCAGCUUCAAAGGCUAUUUGUUUUAUUGCAGAACAGCAAAAAAAGAGCCAUCGAAACGACCGAUGUUACAAGGAGCUUUGGAUGGGAUAGUAGUGAGGCUUGGCAGCAGCAUGAUGUACAAGAACUUUGUAGAGUCAUGUUUGAUGCUUUGGAACAAAAGUGGAAGCAAACGGAACAGGCCGAUCUCAUAAAUCAACUUUAUCAAGGCAAGCUGAAGGACUACGUGCGAUGCUUGGAAUGCGGUUAUGAGGGCUGGAGAAUCGACACGUACCUGGAUAUCCCACUGGUCAUCCGACCGUACGGCUCCAGCCAGGCAUUUGCUAGUGUGGAAGAAGCACUGCAUGCGUUCAUUCAGCCAGAGAUCCUGGAUGGCCCCAAUCAGUACUUCUGUGAACGCUGUAAGAAGAAAUGUGACGCCCGGAAGGGGCUGCGAUUUUUGCAUUUCCCAUAUCUGCUGACCCUGCAGUUGAAAAGGUUUGACUUCGAUUACACCACCAUGCAUAGGAUUAAAUUAAACGAUCGCAUGAGUUUCCCUGAGGAGCUAGACAUGAGUACUUUCAUUGACGUUGAAGAUGAGAAGUCUCCGCAGACGGAGAGUUGCACUGAUAGUGGAGCUGAAAAUGAAGGCAGCUGUCACAGUGAUCAGAUGAGCAAUGAUUUCUCCAAUGAUGAUGGAGUUGAUGAAGGAAUCUGUCUUGAAAGUAACAGUGGGACGGAAAAGGUUUCUAAACCUGGCCUUGAGAAGCAUUCCUUGCUGUAUGAACUCUUUUCUGUUAUGGUGCAUUCGGGAAGUGCCGCCGGUGGCCAUUAUUAUGCCUGCAUAAAAUCAUUCAGCGAUGAGCAGUGGUACAGCUUCAACGACCAACACGUUAGCAGGAUAACUGCAGAGGACAUUAAAAAAACCCAUGGUGGGUCUUCAGGAAGCAGAGGGUAUUACUCAAGUGCUUUUGCAAGCUCCACAAACGCAUAUAUGCUUAUAUAUAGACUGAAAGACCCAGCAAGAAAUGCAAAGUUUUUAGAAGUGAAUGAUUAUCCGGAGCACAUUAAGAAUUUGGUGCAGAAGGAGAAAGAGUUGGAAGAGCAAGAAAAGAGGCAACGGGAAAUUGAGCGCAAUACUUGUAAGAUCAAAUUGUUCUGCAUGCAUCCGGUGAAACAGCUCAUGAUGGAGAAUAGAUUAGAGGUUCAUAAGGAUAAGACCCUGAAGGAGGCAAUAGAAAUAGCCUAUAAGGUGAUGGAAUUGGAAGACGUCAUUCCUCUGGAUUGCUGCCGUCUUGUUAAGUACGAUGAGUUUCACGAUUAUCUUGAGCGGUCCUAUGAAGGAGAGGAAGACACCCCGAUGGGAUUCCUAUUAGGCGGAGUUAAGUCAACCUACAUGUUUGAUCUGCUGCUGGAAACGAGAAGAUUUGACCAGGUUUUCCAGUCUUACAAACCUGGGGAGGUGAUGGUGAAAGUUCACGUGGUCGACUUAAAGGCAGAAUCCGUUGCCGCCCCUAUCAGUGUGCGAGCUUAUUUGAAUCAAACGAUAAUCGAGUUUAAACAGCUUGUCUCAAAGGCUUUAUUACUCCCUACUGAAACAAUGCGAAUAGUCCUGGAACGCUGCUAUAAUGACUUGCGUCUUCUCAACGUGCCCAGUAAAACACUGAAGGCCGAAGGGUUUUUUAGAAGCAACAAGGUGUUUGUCGAGAGUUCCGAGUCUUCGGAUCGUCAGCUGGCCUUCGCCGACUCCCACUUGUGGAAGCUCUUGGAUCGGCACGCAAAUACAAUCAGACUCUAUGUUUUGUUGCCAGAGCAGUCCCCGGGGUCUCAUUCUAAAAGGACAGCUUGUCACAAAGCCAGCGGAGAUUCUGGCCAGACAAACGACGCUUGCGAAAGAGCGAAAGGACCCAUAGGGAGCCAAAAGUCUGUCGAGGCGAUCCUCGAAGAAAGCACCGAGAAGCUCAAGAACCUGUCGCUGCGACAGCGGCGGGAGGGAGGGGACGGGGCGAGCCGCAAGGACCCCGAGACCGCCGACCUGGAAACCGGCGAGUCGUCUCUGACCGAGAGGGCCUCGGCAGCGGCGGGGCAUCGAGACCUCGAGCCCCCGGUUCAGACCUCGGACCCGGAGAACUUCCCGUCGGAGGAGCGCUCGGACUCUGACGUGAAUACGGACAGGAGCACCAGCUCCGUGGACAGCGACAUCCUCAGCUCCAGUCACAGCAGCGACACCCUGUGCAACGCGGACAGCACCCCGGGCCCCCUGGCCAACGGACUCGACUCUCACAGCAUCACGAGUAGCAGGAGGUCGAAAGCCAACGAGGGGAAAAAAGAGACCUGGGACACGGCGGAAGAAGACUCGGGGACGGACAGCGAAUACGACGAGAGCGGCAAGAGCGGCGGGGCGGUACAGUACAUGUACUUCAAAGCAGAAUCCUUGGCCGCCGAUGACGGUGCGGGGGAAGGGCACAGAUGGCUGUUGGUGCAUGUUGAUAAACGAAUCACUCUGGCGGCCUUCAAACAACAUUUGGAACCUUUUGUUGGAGUUUUGUCCUCCCAGUUCAAGGUUUUCCGAGUUUAUGCCAGCAAUCAAGAGUUUGAGAGCGUGCGACUGAAUGAGACCCUUUCAUCAUUUUCAGAUGACAACAAGAUCACUAUUCGACUGGGCAGAGCGCUUAAGAAGGGCGAAUACAGAGUGAAGGUAUACCAGCUUUUAGUGAAUGAGCAAGAGCCAUGCAAGUUUCUGCUCGAUGCUGUGUUUGCUAAAGGAAUGACGGUCAGACAGUCCAAAGAGGAGCUGCUCCCUCAACUCAGAGAGCAGUGCGGGAUGGAUAUCAACAUCGACAGGUUUCGUCUAAGGAAGAAAACGUGGAAGAAUCCCGGCACGGUAUUUCUGGAUUAUCACGUCUACGAAGAGGAUAUUAACAUCUCCAGCAACUGGGAGGUGUUCCUUGAAGUUCUCGAUGGGGUGGAGAAGAUGAAAUCUAUGUCCCAGCUUGCCGUUCUGUCGAGACGAUGGAAGCCCUCGGAGAUGCAGCUGGAACCCUUCCAGGAAGUCGUGCUGGAGAGCAGCAGUGUCGAUGAGUUGAAAGAGAAGCUCUGUGAGAUCAGCGGAAUUCCUUUGGAAGACAUCGAAUUUGCAAAGGGCAGAGGAACGUUCCCCUGCGACAUUUCGGUCUUGGAGAUUCAUCAGGACUUGGAUUGGAAUCCUAAAGUGUCGACUUUGAAUGUUUGGCCCCUCUACAUCUGUGAUGAUGGAGCAGUGAUAUUUUAUAGGGAUAAGACGGAAGAACCGAUGGAACUGUCGGACGAGCAGAGAAACGAACUGAUGAAAAGGGAAAGCAGCCGGCUCCAGAAAACCGGGCAUCACGUCACCUACUCCCCUCGGAAAGAAAAGGCACUAAAAAUCUAUCUGGAUGGGGCACCCAGUAAGGAGUCGACUCAAGACUGAGCCUUCCGGGGGGCGAGGGUUGGGGGUGGGUGGGCGGUUCGUGGGAAUUGGCGGGUUCACUACUAGGGUGGUGUGCCAUCCAAGGCGGGACGCUCGUUAGGGGUAAGCAAUGACACCAGCACUGAUCAGAUCGCCGCUUGCCAAUCAGCAGCCCAGAGCCCAGCGGGGUUCACUGUUCGGACUUGGGACUCGCGUCGUGCACUAGAGUCAGACGUACUGUAGAGCUGAAAGGGUCAGUGCGAAAGUUAAAAACCCUAAAGCUCCGAAAGCGGGGAGGACGUGAGGGAGCAUUAAACGAGGACAGACGUGCACACGGUAGCUAGUCGGACUAGCCUCCAUCAGGAUACUCGUGGCUUAAUAAUAGAAGCUGGGCAAGGCCGUGGCGGAGUGAUAUGUUUUUUUGGGGUUUUUUUUCCAGUUUGUUUCACUGAUAUACACACAUUACCUCAUUGAAAAUUCAGAAGGACCUGCAGAAGCAUGGGGCUUUGGGAUGCGGCAGAGAGAGAGAGAAAGGGGGGCCCAAGGCCAGGUGGGGAGCGAGCCAAGCCCAGCUCUAACCCGAGGGGGUUUUUUCAGACCUCUUUAGAGGUCGUUCUUAAACACCCCACCCGCACCGCGGCAGAGGGGUGGCCAGCUGGGGAGAGAGGGGCUGACCCCGGCAAGGGCUCGGCCGUUUUCCGCAGGGCUGGAGAGACGACUGACUGGUUUUUUGGGAGUCCUCGCAGGUCGUUCUUAAAACACCGUCCGGCGGGGGAUGCCCAGCGGGGGGUCAGUUUGCUGCGGGCGUUGGAAAGAUGACUGAUUUUAGGGAGGAGGUGGGCUGAAAGGCAGCAGCUUCACCCUUUCCUUCAGCGUGUAAAUAAAACUUUUCCCUAGACCGUUUUGAGAGUUACAGUUCAAGUCUCUUGCCUGCGGUGGUCCUUUUCACACGUCACCCUCCAGGGCGUCGCAGGUGUCCGUCGAUUCCUCAGUUGAGGUUUUAGCAAAGCUGGGUCCGGCGAACGAGGUUUUGCCCAUUCGGCCGCUUCUCCGGGGGGACGUUUUGUUUCUCGAAGACUUCCCCUGCGAGUUUGGAGCUCCUCCUCGACCCCCUCGCCCGUCACGCUUUUAUUUGGAGGACUGAUUCGUAGCUAGCUGUAGUUUUUAACCUCUGGGAAACCAUCUUAACAUUUUUGAGAAUAACCGGCUAGCGAGAUGGGGGUCAUCGGUACAGGCCGAAGGAACGGAUAGGCUUCGGUCGCAGAGACGUAGAAUCGACAAGUUUUCGCUUUGCCACAUAAAGACAGUACUCGCCGAAAACAAUUCCGCAUCUUUUUUUUGGAAAUGCCGUCUAAUUUAUAACAAUCAGUAAGAGGUUUUGGUAAACUUUUUCAUGCCAGAUGCCGUUUACAACGAUGAACAUGCCAAUAAAACAUUUGUUCAUUCUGUUGUGUUCUUUUAAAUCAUUAAACUUUUGUGGACUUGGAAUCCGAA